UGUGACAUGUUGGCCGCGCGUCUUUCCAGUGUUGGCGGGUGUUUGUUGACUGCCAGACCCGGGGAGGUUUGCCUCACGUUUUAGUGCAACAGUCUUUACUAGUUGUAACCGCGUUCGCUUAUAAAUAACAACAAUAUGUCUCACUUGGCUAGAAGUAGAAGAUGUGACGGAAACAACACUGAACUGGAGGACAGGUCUCAUGGCCCAUCACGGUGGUCUCAAUGCAGAAAACGUGGCAUUGAUGGAAGCUUGCGGUCCAAGAGAAGUGAUGACGAUGGCGAAGAUGACACUAACAACAGAAAUGCCAGUUUUACCACUCCAGAAAGCAGAGCCCCAGUGUCUCGCAUUGCUCGACAGGCUGACUGGGGCAGCCAGGUGGAGGAUGACGAGAUGAGGAGAGAUGUGCAGAGAGACAUGCAGCGUUACAGGAGGAGGAUACUCGCUGCAGAAGUCACCCAAAGAGAGAGAAAGACAUCUUCUGGCUCUUCUGGCAGCUGUGACUCCAAAGAGGGGGACAACGUGGAAAUGGAUGAGGCUGUGUUGCUACGACGACAGAAGCAGAUCAACUACGGCAAGAAUACACUGGCCUAUGAUCGAUAUGUCAAGGAAGUUCCCAAGCACAUGCGACAGCCAGGUGUUCAUCCUAAGACUCCCAAUAAGUUCAGGAAAUACAGUCGCCGUUCCUGGGACCAGCAGAUCAAGCUGUGGAAGGUUAAGCUACAUGCGUGGGACCCACCAACAGAAGAGGGAGGAGAAGUCAAUGCCAGUCACGUCGAAGAGCUCCGUUUUGAGGACGUCAUGGACAUUGAGAUCGACUUUCCUGUAUUAUCAGAUACUGGGAAUGGUACAUGCUCGUUCAGCACUCACAACCUGUCAGUGGAGGAUGAUGACUGUGCAGGAACUCCAGUCAAAAUGCAGAAGACCGAAACCACAGCGGAGCUUGACAUGCUGUAGCUCUAGUUUAUUGUUCGCCUUGUUGUCAAAUGUUCAUACACAUGUCAAAUUGUCUACUUUAAAUCCCCCAACAGUAAAUCUUUUGGUUUUUCUAUCAUGAAAGCCUCUGUUCCAGUUAGAAACUACUUGAUCGUCACAUGCACUCUCAGUAGUGCCUUACUAGAACAUAGUUUUUUUUUUUUU